GAGUCACCAUGGAGUCCAUCUACGGAACGAACAAACACAAAUAUCUGCAGAGUCUGACCGCAGGAAGUGACUUCUACAGAUGUCCCAGCACAAUUAGACCGAUGGCGGCGGAGUACUCCUCGUACCAGAACACCAUCGGACGGCGAUCUACGCUGAUGGGAGGCGGCUGUGCCCCGUACACCCACAUGAGCAAGUACUCCUACCCGACGGAUAUGAGCCUCAGCAGCCACUACGGCUACACGUCCUGGGGUUUAUGGCGCGAUACCCGGAAUCUGUCCUCGUCAAUGUACGGCAAGAAGCAGAAAAACUUCAGAUCGGUCUCCAUCCUAUUGAUGUCGGCUGCCUUCAUCGUGGUCCUGGCCGUGCUCUGUGUGGCAGCGUUGGCGUUCUACUUUAGCGCAUUCAAGGCGGACCUCAGCGACUCCAUCCUGGCCUUCGAUUGCACGUUCCGGGUGACCCGGGGGGACAUCUACACGACCGGGCUGCGCUCGAACAACACCCCCGUCUUCCGGCAAAAGUCGGCCUUCUACGAGCGGCUCGUCGACACGUCGCUGGAGCAGAGUGGCCUCACCGUGUCCCGGACGGAAGUAAUGGACUUUGGCGACGGGCCAACCAUUGUGCUCAGCUUCCGGGUGUUUCUCGACAUGAGGAGGAUUAAAAUAACGAUUAACAACGUGGAGGAGCAUAUCCGACAGGCGGUGCUGAGCGAGCUGGCCAAUCCGAAUUCCGCCUUCAAGAAUAUUAGAGUGGAUCCGGAUACGAUAGAGAUCAAACGGUUACUGGAUCAAGAGGUACUGAAGACGGCGUUUCUCAAGAAGGAGGAGCCAUUCCCACCCGCCAACCGAACACCGGAGGACCGUUAUGGCCCACCAGCGAAAAAGUCCGGCGUAAUCGAGAAAACCAUCCACAAGUUCACGCCAAAACUGUCCACCUCCACCGUUCCGUCGACGAGUGCUGGCGACAAAAGGCCCCAACCCCGGCAGCCCCAACAGCAGACCCAGCAAGCAGAUGGUGAAUCUGACAUUGACAUGGAUAAUUUACCGGUUAUACAAGGAUCAUUUGAGAUAACGAAAACAGAUGCGGACAUCACGCAGAAGCGCGGCACGGCAGCGGGAAGUAGUUCGGCGGGGGUGACAGUCACCCUGAAACCAUUCGCCGUCAGUCCGGCUCAGCUUAAGGUACGCAACGGUGGGGGCGGCGGUGAUAAGCGGCAGAGUGAAAACGUGAAAGGCUCGUACGGGGAACAGGAAAAAGUGUCGCUAUCCUCAUCAACGAUGCGACCGACCGCCACCGGAGGCAAACCAAAAUAUGAAACGGCGACAGCCAAGAUUGAAAAAACGGACAAACACGGUGCGACAACGAAGAAAAUUAAAACUAAUUCUGGUAGUCGGAGCUCGUCUACGAGCCGCAGGACGACUAGCACUACCACCACGACGACGACGACGACUACCACCACUGCUGUCCCCUCAACACCGAUGACAACGACGACGACGACGACGACAGAAGCCACCACAACGACCUCCACCCCCAGAACGACGUUAAAGAGCACUACAAGCCGCAGCACAACACCAAUCACGUCGGAAGAAUCCGAGUCGGCGACAUAUCUGCCAAUUAGCGACCACAAUGACACGCUGUUGGAGGACUUUUUGCAGGCCAUCAUCAACGAUAGCCUGCCGGAGGAAGAGACCGCGCAGAAACGAGUGGAUGAAAAUAUACCCAAAUUGGACGUCAGCCUGUUCACGAGUGCUCCAAUUUUGGACAAACAACCGUGGCAACCGAUUCGGCCAACCAUGCCCAAAGGCAUACCAUUGCACAAGUUCGUCUCGUCCAAGGCACCAAAGAAGAAGCCCACCCUGGCGGAGGAGAUUCUCUACCGAAACAAGCACAGUGACAUCGAGAGUUCACUCUACACGGAAAGUCCCAGCGGUCAGAUUUACUACCAGAGCUUCACCAAUCCUAGCUUCGGUUCUUCCACGCUGGGAAUCGAACCGCUAGGUGGGAUGGACGUCAAACCAUACCCGCUUCCCGUGGAUAAGAUCUCGAUCGAACAGAUUCCAGAUUUCAAGCAAAUGACUCCGACGGCGAUCAGUAUCAGUGAAAAUUUGAUGAAUAUGACACUGGAUGAUAAGAAAUUUGAACACUUGGGAGGAGGUGUCAUUGCGAAGAAACCGGAAAAUAAGACUACUCCGUACAGAACGACUACGGAGAGCAUGAAGACCAGCGUGUAUACGGUGACUCCAGUUUACGUGGAACGAAUCAGUGAGAGUUUGGUCAACUCGACGGAGGAGUACGUAGAAUACUAUCAGGUCGAUGGCGCUACCAACUAUACGGAAAUGGAUACCACUACGACGAUGAUGAUGGAUGAGUUCAACGAUACGCUGGAUUAUUUGCUGGACGUGGAGUCCAGGCUAAGCCCGGAUGAGGAGGUUUACAGCACUGAAGCAGUAACGGCUUCGACGGUGGAGAGCAGUAGCGUGGAGAAUUCCACCGAAAUGGCGUUCGAGUUUGGUACGAGUGAAUCCUUGGUAACGACUACGGAGCUAUUCGAGCUGGAGACAACUCCAGCUUCGACGACGGAAAUGCUGAUGACUACUACGGAAACGACUACGGAGCAGCCCAAGACGACAACCAGCAGUAAACGAUCAACGUUCGUUGAAGUUGAAACGCUCAAGUACAACCCAACAACCAGUGUUCCGACGGCUACGGCGAUGGUUCCGGAACUUUUCCCCAUCAAUAAGUGGGAGUUUGUUAACGGUUCUCGAGUGACCGCGACGAAUCGGCAAUCUACGAGGAAGGUAUUUAACGAAACCUUGCAAGCACUGAUUGUGGAAAACAUCCAACUUCCAACAACGAUGGCCAGCGUAAAAAUCGAAGAUUUGCAGAGCAAGCGUAACAAUUCAACGAACCUCCAGAAUUUGUCGGCCAUUUUUGACACAUUGGCAUCCAAGUUGGGUAUUCAGACGGAAGCCUCAAGCAAAUCACCCCCAUUCUCUUCGCUGUCUAAAAUCAAGAACCAAUACAAGAGUUCAGCAACCCGUCUGGAAGCCGGCUCCACUAGGAACCGUACCCGAAAUCCAACCCGACCAAAGCGAAAGAAGAACAAGAACACGAAUCGAACAACCAGACUUACUUCAACUACAACCACCAUCCCGACUGAAGCCCCAACGAAGACCACUUCAACAACAACAACAACAACAACUCCCAGAACCACCACCCCAACACCGCCACCAUUCAUCACAACUCCUUUUGCCAAACUAGCUCCCACCGUCAUCAACGAGGACAUCGGGGACGUUGUCCCCGUUAUGCUCGCCCCAGCCGGGCCCGAGCUUUCCUCCGAAUACUACGCCGGUCAGGCGGAAGUGGAAAUCAUCGAUCCGAACCAGUACGAGGAAAUGCUCCGGCUGCUGGCUACGACCCCCUCGGGAGCCGUUCGCUAUGCCACAACCACUUCCGUCCCUUCAGCCCUGGUUACGCUCCUUCCCCCGAAAUCCAACUCCGGAAUCAAAAGCUUCCGACCGAAAGUCAAGCUCCAUCAAGGUGCCUCGCUGCUGACCAGAAGCAGCAGCAGCAGCUCGUUAGCAGCUCAUAAUCAGCAGUCCACCGAUGAAGGCAGGAAAAUGAGCGAGAGUUUAAAAUUAAUGAAUGCAAAUAAUGGCCGCGAGGAUGGCGGCGGCAGCGGCGGUGGGGACGUUCUCAACAAUGGUCGGUCCACGGUUGUCGAAGCGGCGGCUCUGAUGGCCGAAAGCGGCGGUCGGGGAUUUGAAAACCAAAACGAUAAUAAAAAUAACAUGGAAGCGGUGGUUAGGGCCAGUAUGCGCUUUGAAUCAUAAAACAGGACCACGGCGAGUCCGGCGGUGGUGCUACAGAAGCCGAAUGGGUGGAAUGUAAGCGUGGAAGGACCGAGCGAAAGGGACUGAGUGCCUGUGAGUGAGCGAACGAUUGUGAUGGUGUUGGGACAUUGGGAAUAGAGCAAGAAAAAAAAAGUGUUGCGGAGGAGUAAGGCACACAUCCUCUGUAGACUUAAAAAUGUGAUUAUUUUUAUAGACGACACGAGCAUUUUUCGACGCGAAUCUUUGCGAAAACGGGAGAUGCGU